CAACAAAAAAAUAAUUCUAAAAAUGCAAGAAGAAAGUUACUAUUAUCCAUAUCAACAUAAUGAAUUCUUAUAUGGUUUAAUUUAUUCUAAUCCUAAAACUUUACAAUUUUCGAAUAAUAUUAAACCAUAUUUUUCUUAUAUCAAUUAUUUGAAAAAGUCUGAAUCAACAAUUAUCCCUGCUUUGAAGAUCAAUCGUAAUAAUUUGAAUAAAAUUAAGAAGGUUAAAAAUUUGAAAAUCGCUCUUCCUUUAACUGAUGAAAAUGAUCGCGCUAAUUUUAUGGAACCUGAUCAAAAUUUAGAUGAAUAUAUUGAUAUUGAUAAUGAUUCCUAUCAGAAACUUCAGAAUGGAUUUAAUAAACCUUUGGAUUCUUAUUCUAAUUUAAUGAAUAUUAAUAUUAAACAACAAGAAAGUAACUUUGGUUCUUAUAAAUUACCAAAUAAUUUACGAUGGAAACCAAUGAAUAAACAAAUAGAAAUUAUUCGUCAAAGAAAAACUAAUUAUAAACGUCCUCCGAUGUAUAGAAAUAAACGAGAGAAUUAUUUUGAUGAUGAUACUCUCAUUAAUCAAUCUCAGGAUACGAAAUUAAAUAAUUAUCAAGAUGUUCCUGGUCUUUCAAGUUUUAAUAUUUGGGCACCUUGGAAAAAUAAACAAGAUGCUUAUAUGGCUAUAGACGAAUUCCUUAGAAAUGCCAAACAGCAAGUAUUGGAUCAUUUAAAAUCUAAUCCUAAAUGUUAA